UUCAAAACAGGCGACAUUUUCUGGUGAAGGUACUGACUGGCAUCUGGAUGUACGCCUUCGCCUGGGCGGUGAUGCCCUUGAUUACUGGAGUCAAUUAUAAGAAGGAGCCGUUUGGGACAUCGUGUACAGUGAAUUGGGCCGGAGAACGGAUCAAAGACAAAAUUUUCAUAUCAUCCCUUGUUGUGUUUAUCGUCAUACUUAAUGUCAUCGUCAUGAUCUACUGCUACAUCAACAUCCUCAUGGUCACAAGAGCGGAGAUGCAGCGACGACCUAAUCGGCAGGAAAACCAAGUCACUCAGUUGUGCUUUCUGCUAGUGUUGGUGUUCCUGAUCUGCUGGCUGCCGUACUCAAUCAUCUCGCUGUGGGCGACAUUCGGAAAGGCUGCAUCCGUACCUACCUGGCUUACUGUCGCCCCAGUCAUGUUUGCCAAACUCUCCUCCUGCCUCAACCCUAUCAUAUACAUCGUGGUCAGCAGCAAGUUCCGACAACGAUAUUUGGCACUGUUGAAAUGCCCCUCAAAGAACAGAAUUAAACAUUCUGAAGUCACGUUUGUUACCAAGGAAGAUAGGGCCGAACAUUCCAUGAUGACUGAAGUGCCCGAUAUGACGGAUGUGAGCGGAAAACCGACUUCUCAACAACUACCUGAUCAUACAUCGAGGGCGGUAGCCGUUCCGAAGUCUCCAAGUUUGCCAUGUCAAAUAUAACAUGAACGCCAUGAGGGUGCGUUUGUUUUAUCAAAUCAGAGUACUUUCCACUUCAAUUAAAGCCGGAUACUUCAACAUCGGAGUGAAGGUCUGUGUACCUAACCCGCUCCGUUGUGACAAAUGCCAGCAAUUUGGACAUGGUGCCAAGUACUGCCAUAACGACACAGCAUGCUUCCGUUGUGGUGGAGCUCAUGACAGCUUCGAGUGCAAAAACACCACCCAUUGUGCAAACUGCAGCGGAGAGCACAUGGCAUCUUCCAAUUUAUGCCUAAAGAUUGAGCCACCAUGAGUAAUAUUAUCCAAUGGAAUUGCAAAGGACUAAGGAAUAAUUUCAAUGAUUUGUUAUUAUUAAUACAAGAUCAUAAACCAUCAUCAUUAUGCAUCCAAGAACCUUACAUAAAAAAAUAGUGAUCUAAUUGACAUCAAACAAUACAAUUCAUACCAUUUCUUUUCACCUCCAGGUGCUAAAGCAACUGGAGGUUCUUCUCUUUUGGUGAGGCAGGGUGUAUUUCACAGCCCUGUAACUCUUGAUACCCCACUUUAAGCUGUCGUUAUCCGUAUAAACAUGCAUAUUGUUUUUACCUUAUGCUCUAUUGACAUUCCCCCAUCGUCUUCUAUGAAGCAGUGUGACCUUGACCCUAUAUGACCCUAUUAUGGGCGAUUUCAAUGGACAAAAUCCGCUUUGGGGGUAGUGCGCAUACAGUGAGUGAGUGAGUGAGUAUGGUUUUACGCCGCUUUUAGCAAUAUCACGACAGGGGACACCAGAAAUGGGCUUCACACAUUUUCCCAUGUCGGGAAUCGAACCCGGGUCUUCGGCGUGACGAGCAAACGCUGUAACCACUAGGCUACCCGACCGCCCCAGUGCGCAUACAAGCAGCAGGGAAAAACCAUAGAAGAUUUCAAUUCUGAUAACGAUUUGUGCAUAUAUAAUGACUAACCUUUCUAUAUAUUUGUCAAUUACAGAUUCCGAAAUACUGAAUGAAUUGGUAUGGUCGGUCCACGAUCACCUCUGUGAAAGUGACCAUUUUCCUUCUAUUUUAAAACCUGUGACUCCAUCUGACGCUCUUCCAUUAUCAAGAUUGAACUCCAAUAAAGCUAUCUGGGCCUUCUGUGGGACUGUAUGUAAAAA